ACUGGCGAGCUGCUAACACGUGGAAAGGGAAAAAAUUAGAGAAGCGAGAUAAGACUCAUGUCCCCAUUGUAUAAAAUGUCCAGUAGAAGCUCAAUCAGAGCUCAUAACAAUUGGUGCAUUGUGUAGUGCCAAUCACGAGUGGCCCCGACAGUGAACUGUGAAUUGUGUGCAAAUAAGUAGAAGAUAUGACUGACAAGAGGAAUCUCCUGUUGCUCUAUGACCGGCCCCAGGAGCCGGUAUUCGUAGAGAAGGGAGAACAGAAAACUGUCUUCGAUGUACCAGACAAUUUCCUCCCGGAUCGCUAUCGGGCAAUCGGCAAUGAACUGCAAAAUCGCUUUGGCGAAGCUGCUGAGAAUCGAAUUCCUGUGAAGAAUAUAUCUCUACCCGACUUGAGGAUUCCAAUGUCCCUCGGACGUCAUGAGCAAUUCUCUCUUUUCAUCCCAGCCCAUCGUCAUAUUGCUGGACGCUUAAUCGACAUUUUCAUGGGUAUGCGAAACACCGAUGACUUGCUUAGUGUGGCAGUUUAUGCACGUGAUCGCUUGAACCCCUAUCUCUUCAAUUACGCUCUAUCCGUUGCACUUCUCCAUCGUCCGGACACAAAGGACCUGCCUAUCCCCAAUUUUGUUGAAACGUUUCCGGAUAAAUUUGUGGACAGCAAGGUGUUUGCAUCGGUUCGCGAGGAAGCUGCUAUCGUACCGGUAGGCUCCCGUAGACCCAUAGUUAUUCCCCGUGAUUACACAGCCUCUGACUUGGAAGAGGAGCAUCGUUUAUGGUAUUACCGAGAGGACAUUGGUAUCAAUCUGCAUCAUUGGCAUUGGCACUUGGUAUAUCCAUUCGAGGCUAACAAUCGCUCAAUCGUGGAUAAGGAUAGGCGAGGUGAAUUGUUCUACUACAUGCAUCAACAAUUAAUGGCUCGUUAUAAUUUUGAGCGGUUCUCGAAUCGUUUAAAGCGAGUGGCUAGGUUUAACAAUUUGAGAGAACCCAUUGCUGAAGGAUACUUUCCAAAAAUGGACUCAUUGGUGGCGAGUCGGGCAUGGCCUGGACGUGCUGCUGGAACAAAAUUGAAGGACCUCAAUCGUGACUUGGAUCAAGUCAAAAUGGAUGUGAGUACAUUGGAGCGCUGGGUAGAUCGUUUCUAUGAAACUAUCCAUCAAGGAUUCGCUGUAGAUACGCAGGGUAAUAGAAUUCCUUUGGAUGAUAACCGUGGGAUUGAUGUUUUGGGCAAUAUGAUGGAGUCUAGUAUCCUUUCGCCCAAUCGACAACUCUACGGAGAUCUUCACAAUAUGGGUCACGUCUUCAUAAGCUAUUGCCACGAUCCUGAUCAUCGUCAUUUGGAGUCCUUUGGAGUUAUGGGGGACUCUACAACAGCUAUGCGUGAUCCUGUUUUCUACAGAUGGCACGGGUAUAUCAAUGACAUUUUCCAGGAGCACAAAAUAAGACUUCCGCCUUACACUGUGGCUGAAUUGACCUAUCCCAACAUCAAUAUUACAAAUGUGACCGUUCAAAUGGAUAAUGGUGGAGAUGCCCAAACCCUUCGUACCCGUUUCAUGGAGAGUGAUGUUAAUCUCACUCGAGGAUUGGAUUUCGUUCCACGUGGUGAUGUUUUCGCGAGAUUUACCCAUCUAAAUCAUGAACCAUUUACGUACAUUAUCAAUGUUAAUAAUGGAAAUAACGCCCAAGUACUCUGCACUGCACGCAUUUUCAUGGCACCCAAAUUCGACGAACGUGGCACAGAGAUGAUGUUUAGGGAUCAGCGUCAUUUGAUGAUUGAACUUGAUAGAUUUGUCAUUGCAUGUCGCCCUGGAGCUAAUACCAUUCGCCGUCGUUCAACUGAAUCUAAUGUGACAAUUCCCUUCGAGAGGACUUUCCGUGAUUUGGACGCCAAUCGCCCUAGUGUGGGAACAUCUGCCGAGGCCCAGUUUAAUUUCUGUGGCUGUGGGUGGCCUCAGCAUAUGCUCAUCCCCAAGGGUCUGCCAGAGGGUCUUCGAUGUGAGCUUUUUGUUAUGCUGACCAAUUAUGAGGAGGACCGUAUAGAGCAGGAUCUGGUGGGCACGUGCAAUGAUGCUUUCUCCUUCUGCGGUGUCCGUGACCGUUUGUAUCCGGAUCGUCGUCCUAUGGGUUUCCCCUUCGAUCGACUACCGCGCCAGGGCAGUGAUCGUCUCAACACCUUCCUGACACCAAAUAUGUUUGUGGUUGACGUAAGCAUCUUCAGUGAUGACGCGCUUCCGCAGAGAGGCAAUAGGACUUGAAUUUCCUGGAUUUAUCAUCAAAGAUUCUGCCACAAUACUUUAAUGCGCAAUUGCCGGAAAAUCCCUAUCCAGAAUUUCCUUUUCAUAGCACAUGCACAGCACUAUUAUAGACUUAUUGCACGAAUAAAGCACCAUUCAGGAUAGGAAAGAA